CGAUUCCAUAAGAAAUGAGUCGACUCAGUGGAAACCUACUCCGUACUGUUCUCAGAAGGAGAUCCUUUUGUACAGCUGACAAUAUCGAUGGCAAUCUUCAGAGCUCUAAAGUUCAGAUCUUCGAUCGCCACCUCAAACGCAAACAACGUGAUAGGGCUGCAUGGUUGAUAAAUCGGAAAGAUUCUUUGGUGAAUACCGUAGCUGAUAACCUUCUGGAUCGCUUGGAGGAUGUCAAAAAGUCAUUUCCUACUACAUUAUGUUUGGGAGGUUCCUUGGAAGCAAUUAGGCGUUCCGUACGUGGGCGUGGUGGCAUACAAAGGCUAGUUAUGAUGGAUUCAUCACAUGACAUGGUGAAAUUGUGUAAAGAUGCUGAAAAGGAUUUUUCUAGUGAUAACAUCGAAACUUCGUAUAUAGUAGGCGAUGAAGAAUACUUACCCAUACAAGGAAGUUCUGUUGAUUUAGUAAUAAGUUGCUUGGGCCUCCACUGGACAAAUGAUCUUCCUGGAGCAAUGAUACAGAGUAGAAUGGCAUUGAAACCUGAUGGCUUGUUUUUGGCAGCCAUUUUUGGUGGAGAAACACUAAAAGAGCUGAGAAUUGCCUGCACUAUAGCACACAUGGAGCGUGAGGGUGGUGUGAGCCCACGAGUAUCACCAUUAGCACAAGUGCGAGAUGCAGGCAAUCUGUUGACUAGGGCAGGCUUCACUCUUCCAGGGGUCGAUGUUGAUGAAUACCAGGUUAGAUAUAAUAGUGCCCUGGAGCUAAUAGAACAUUUGCGGGCAAUGGGUGAAACUAAUGCUCUUGUAAAUAGAGUCAAAUUCUUAAAGAAAGACACGGCUCUGGCCACAGCAGCUGUUUAUGAGUCGAUGUUUGCAGCAGAAGAUGGCACCAUCCCUGCAACUUUCCAGGUAAUAUACAUGACUGGGUGGAGGGAACACGAGUCUCAGCAGAAAGCUAAGCGGAGGGGAUCCGCCACUGUAUCUUUCCAGGACAUCCAGAAGGAAUUCGGCACAUAAGACGACACCGUGCUUUAGGUAACAAUCACCUUUUACAUUCUCCUAAACACUGAGAUUCGAAUGGAAUAUACUGGGUUUAUUUCGUAAGAAUGUUACAAAGUCCUUUUGUUCAUGAAGGAAUAGCAUGAACAUAAAUGGACCUGCAACUGAUGAGACACCAGGGGUGUCAAUUGACAACCCCACCCCACCCCCUAAAAAAUGAGUGAUGUUUGUGCUAUAAUAUCAAAUUAUAUUAUUAUAUUAUAUAUUUUAUUUCUAUUCAAAUGAACUUAAAAUGAUUCUGGUUAAGAAUAAAUGAUGGUUUUUGCUUGAUGAUAUAUGAUGUUUUUUUUGCUUGAUGUACAAUGUGGUCAUGAGAAAUAAUGGUUUUUUUGCUUGAC